GUAUAUUAGCCAUUUUGGUUCAGCCGCCCUACCCAGGAUCGGUUGUUGUUCCACGAAGUAUGCUAACGCGCCGGACACAGGCACCACUAUCGAUGUAAAAUGAAAGGAAAAGAAACUAUAGCAAAAUGACCGCAGCAGCAGCACGCACGACAAGUCGAGGUCGGGUAGUCCGUCAACGGCGUGAUGAUUUUCGUUCGGGUGGUGCGGCCGGACUUUUUGUACUGAGAAUUGCAUAAAAGGAGGUCCUAGUAUUAUAGUACUAGUGCGGAUGGUAUCAACUGUAAAAAUGUCUGGGUCUGAAAGAUUCGGACGCUUGUCAUGCACGUUUUGCAUGAUCUUGAUCUAUGAUGUCUGUGAUGCAUACCCUAGCAACACAUAUUUUUUGAGGGCUUCUUGAUGCGUAUUCCGCAUGACAAAUGCCUUCUCAGCGUAGCAAAAGUUGCAUUCUCUUUGGUACUCAUGCAAUACAGAUUUUUUUGGAAUCCAAAUGCAGCAUCACAAGUUGCAUUCUUCCAGACCCAGACAUUUUUGCAUUUGAUAGAUGGUGUGCAGGUCUUUCCUCCUCUUCGCCUUCAAUGGCUUCCCAGCCACUGUCGUGGCUCGCAAUAUCCGAGUGGAUUUCGACGUGCCUCGCUACGGUCCGCGGUGUGUGGAGGCGAGUCUGGGUGACAGCGUCACGUUUCACUGGGACGAGCACCAUAACCUGCACCAUUUAGCCAGCGAGAACGACUACCGAUUCUGUAAUUUCGCGGCCGCCACCAAACUUGCGAAUGCCGGACCGAAUCCACGUGGCGUCACCGUGGGUCCUUGGACCACCGCGGGGGACCGCUUUUACUCGUGCUCCAAAAUUUGCUCCACGAACGGACACAAGGUGCGCGUGUGCGUAGCAACGGAGUGCACUUGCAGUGAGGGUGCGAUCUACAACGGGGAAAGCAGCUCCGGUGGGAGAAGCAGGAGGACAUCAGGGAUUCAUACCUCGGUUGGAGAACGGUUUUGUAUGAUGCUCGCAUUUUUUGCUACUGCAGCAGCAGUGCUGCUGAACAAGAACUUGACCUUGGCCUGAAAUUUUGAUAGGACUAUCCGAUCGGGACGAGUGGUCGUGGGCAUGUUCUGAAUUUUUCAACCUGGUCGACGCAGUGGCCACCCUGCACCUGCUGCACUGCACUCACUCGUCCCCGCAGAAAAGUUUUCGAAUAGUUGCAGACUCAUCGAUCUCAGUCGACGUCCAGGUUUUUUACAC